UAGAAUGCAAGUGUCAUCAGUGACAUUUGUGGCUAGCAGCCUUUCGGCUAUUGCCUUGAUUUCAUGUCUUCUAGUACUUUCUUCUGUUUAUCGAAAUGUUCAAGAUUAUUGGACUGAACUGGAUGACCAGAUGGUUGAAGUUCGGAAGGAUCUUGAUGACAUGUGGCGUGAAAUCAUGCAUAUUCAAUCAAACUCUCUAGGAUCCGUAUUCAGAGCAAGACGCCCUGCUCGUGGAGCUUAUGAUGAAGGAGAUUACAAGGAAGCUCCACCUCCAACUUCUUAUCCAUCAUCUGGCGGAUAUGAUGAACCAUCUGCUCCUGCUCACGAUACUGCACCACAGGCACCUGCAGGGCCAGCGCCAACUUCUCCAGACUCCUGCCAAUGCCAGGCUGAAAAUAAGUGCAAAGCUGGACCACAAGGAGCGAAGGGUGCACCAGGACUACCAGGGCCAAAUGGAGUUCCUGGACUUGAUGGUAAACCGGGACUGGACUCACUAGAUGUGGAACCACAAGCACAGGGAACUGGAACGUGCUUCCAUUGUCCACAGGGACCGCCGGGAUCUCCUGGACCAAUGGGACAUCCAGGAGCACGUGGAAUGAAGGGAUCCGAUGGACAACCAGGACAACCAGGAAAAGACGGGGAUCCAGGAAAACCAGGAGAGAUGGGACCUAAUGGAUUCCAAGGAAAGGUAGGACCAGAUGGAUUCCCUGGAGAAAAAGGAGGUGAUGGACGAAGGCUUAUUGGAAGACCUGGACCAAAGGGACAGAAAGGAGAGACAGGACAUCCAGGUGCACAAGGAACUCCAGGCCACAAUGGACCAACUGGGCCCCCUGGAGAUGCGGGACCAGAUGGAGGACCAGGGCCCCAAGGAGAGCAAGGAGCGGAUGGAGGUCCAGGAUCAGAAGGAAAAGUUGGAAGACCGGGGAGGGAUGCCGAAUACUGUCAUUGCCCAGCACGUGGAUCUCAUGGUGGUUCAUCUGGAGGUGGAGGCGGCGGAGGCGGAGAAUACAAAGCUACUGGAGGAGAUUCGUAUCGCAAGAAAAAACUCUAAACUUAUUAUUUUCUCAAUUUUUAUCUUACCUUCACUUUUUUGCCUCGAUAAAAUCGCGUCUGCAGAACUUGUGUACCGCAGAACAAGACA